AUGGAUGAACUGAUGAAGUCGUUAUGUCGCCAUCCUUCGCGCCCGUGGUGUCGCCAUCCUUCGCGCCCGUGGUGUCGCCAUCCUCAGCUCCAUCGUCUUCAUCUUCUCAAGUCUCAACACCAGCACGCAGUAGCCUCUCAUCGGCGGUCCUCAACAGUCAACACCGGUAGCCUCCAUCGACCCCAGCACUUCGAGCUGCUGUGCAGGCAUAUCGGCGUGAAGUGGAGUCACAAUUUUACCGGUCAUCUAAAAGACGAAGAGAGAGAUUUGAUCAGGGUGGGAAUGAAGGUGAAGAUCAUCCCACCGAAGCAGAUUUGCAACAAGUUCUUGUAGAUUUUGAUAAUUGAUAAACCAUGAUGUUGGGAUUUAACAUUUAGAUAUGCUUUUAUUACUAUUUAACUUUUGAGUUUAGAUUUUGAUAAGAUCAUAUGUAUUUGGUUGAUGAUA